AUGCAAGUGCUGUUAAUUAACGAGCCUUACGAUUACGAUGAGACAGCAGCAGCACAACAUGGACGGGAUGGACACGAUGCGGUUAUUGGAAGCAAGGAUGCUAUUAAGAAGUACCACAAGCCAGCGUGUAUCACUUAUCGGUGGAUCAUGUCAACAAGAAGCGACAACAUCUUCAGAGCCAUCAAACCUUAUCCCAGCAUCUCCUUGUGUUUCUGGUUAUUGUCAAUUGCCUGGAUGGCAUCCUGCAACGAGCGUCUCUUAUUGUUGGAUCAUAUCAGGAACGAGCAACAAGCAGCAAUCUUGAUUAUUUUGGAGGAGCAAGCUUUACUUCAUCAUCUUAUGGUUCUCGUUACCAAGCGACGGCCGGUCCUUUUGAUGAACAUCCUGGAAAGAACCCUUGUUACCGGUGGAUCACAUCAGCAACAAGGAGCAACGUCUAUUUUUGGUGGCAUCAAGUUAUUAUUUUCCCUCAUCUUGUGGUCUCCGUUCUUAUCACAAUUCCUUUGA